GCUUGUUUUUUCGGGGGUGUUUUUGGGUGUCGUUUGCUUCAAUGGGGACUGCCUACCGCGUAGCAAAGGGGAUCGUGUUCGUGGCGGGAUUCACGGGCGUUGGAGUUGUGCUUUGGGCCGUGUUCGCGCCGGACGAAGCGCGCAGGAAGGAGAUGGCGAAGGAGUUUGCCGAAGAUACCCCACAGGUGUUGACUGAGCGGCGAAGACAUAACGCCAUGGUAAUGGAGAUCCUGAAAGAGGCAGCGAAGACUGAUGAGAAUGUGGCUCACAAGCCGUGGCCCUGGAAAAAAUAGCAGUGAAACAGAAAGAGUCUGUGCUGGCUGGACUCUAUUCUAAACUGAGAACUUUGCAGAAGCUGCUCCAUGCUGGAUCUAGGAGGACUUUACUGUCUCUUCAAUGGAGCGGUUCUUCUGUUUUUUCUUUCUUCUUGCUCUAAGGCUUGCUUUGGUGUAAACAUUGAGCGAUAAAAUUUCCUUUGUAAAUCACA